CACAUCUUUGAGAGGCCAAAGGCUACAUAUGUAGCCUGUCUGAGAUCCACUGAGGGGCUGGAAUACCUGUGCCCCUUGGCAGCCAGAAUGGGUGUGCACCAGCCAGGAGGGUAGAUAGCAUGGGGCUGCCCCAAGCAGGAAUUCUAUCUGAUAUGAGUCUUUGUGAAUCUGGUUGGGGAAUCUGAGGCAGGGUUCACCAGUGGUGGCCAGAAAGAUUGACUCCAGCCUGGUGGGUCUCUAGUCCCUCCACCUCCAAGAUUGGCAGCCAUCUGCCAUGUACAAUGAACACAGACCUUUCACCCUCCCAUUCUCGCACCCUGCCAUCAGGGCCAGACCUGUCAUUUGCUUUUGGAAUCUCACUUCUUGCAAGGAGAGGAGUCCUGCUGGACCCACUCCCAAAGAUCCUUGGGUCCAGGUCCUCUGUGCCAGGCCUCAUGGUAUCCUACAGGCCCCUGAGCCACUGUCCACGCCUCCUGGACUCAUUCUUUCUCCUCUGCUUUGGUACACACUUUUGCGUCACCCCCAUCUUACUUUCCCCCAGAGUGGCUUCCAUGAGGGUCCCUAGGUCACAGCCUCAGUUUGCCCAGAUGUGCAAUGCAAACAACCCCCACUCUGAUAGCUCUUCUCAGGAGCCCAUGGUAUUCAGGAGCAAGGGCAUAAGUCAAACAUCUAGUGGGUACUCAGCAAGUGUUAUCCAACCUUUUCUGCAUCUUGGACUGAAGCUCCUGGAGUUCUCACCCCUUGAGCUGGGCCUGAUGCCCUAUCCCAUUUCCUCCCCGGUCUCCUCCCCACUUAACCAUUCUUUUCACCUGUGCGUUUGGCCCCCUGCUAUCCCUCACUUCCUCCACCCUCCUCAAAUCCACCCCUCCUAGUACUGAGGUCUGGUCAGUGCCCUCCACCCAGGUCCUUAAGGAGCAGCAACCAUGAUUACCUGCUUUCCCCCUUGUCUUGGCCUUUACAUUUAUCUCCCCCAAACAUCUGUGGUCAUGUUGGACCUUGGCCUGUCAGGCUAAUCCUUCUGCUCUUUAUCCCGAACAGGCUGAGUGUAAAAGUGUCCUUGAGCUCUCUGGGUCAAGAUGAUGAAUUGAACACAUACAUUUCACUUGGUUCAGAAACCCACUGGAGGUACAGAGAUGAGAGUGUUUAAAAACAUAAACCCACAAGUAUAAGGAUGUGGAAGAGGUCAACAGCAAUGGCAUUCUGAAACUAGAAGUGGAUGUGGGAUCUAUCUCUGAUUUAGAGAAAGCUAAAUACUGAUUUGGUACUGGGGGAAAUGGACACAGGUCCCCUAAGGCCUAUACUGCAGAACUCCAGAGGGCUUGAAAACUAGCAGCCCCCUGGGAGAGGAGUCCUAAAACAGGACUAGAAAGAGAACUACUGAAGCUGUUAGAACACCAGUUCUUCCCCAUAGAGUGACUGGUGGAAGAGUCGUUUCUGGGGAAUCCACACAGAGAAACGAUCUAAGUCCCCACAAAACAGCCCAGUCUGAUGACAUUACUUAGAAGAGUUGACAAGUCCCAGCCAUGCACAUGGGCAGAGCUUCCAAUUGGUGUGUAAGACCAAUGCUGUUUAUUGAGUGCUUGUAGCCAGGGAUUACUAGGUAUCACAAGAAAUCAAAACACGCAUAUGCAAAUUAGGAUUGAAUAAGUCACUGUUCAACUACUUGAUUCUUGGAAGCAAAACACCCCUUUCCACAGUGAUUUUAACAAACUAACUUUGCCUACUGAGAUUUAAACUAAAGAUCAUUCUUACUAGCUUUGGUACCCAAAGUAAAAAGUUAGCGUCCCAGAACUGGAUAGAAAUCAUCCCUCACUUUGCAGUACUGGCAUCUGAAGACACGUCUGAGACUCUGAGGGUAUAUAAAUCAUGGGACAGCUUCUUGAUGUGUAAAUGAGUGUUCCCUGUUCCUUGUUCCCGCAUGUCCCUAGCAGAGGUCGGAUGGAGGACCCCAUCAGGGGACUCACUGGAGUCAUGCUCGAGAGUUGGCAGAGGUCAACAGAUCAGACUGUCUUAAUGGGUCGGAGUCGGCUUUCUUCAGGGACCGCCGGGAGGCGAGUCCCUGCCAAACCAUACUACCCAGGCCAUCACUUCCGGCCUCCCUGGAGGACAGGGUGACGCUCUGGCCGUUGCCUUGGAAACAGAUGGAGGCGGGCUGGUGUCCUCUAGCGGUUACCAAGAGGAUUGCUCCGCGACAAGAACUAAGCCACAAGAGGGGGCUGGGGAGGAGCGGAGGUGGGGUGCUAGCUCUGAAUGGCCAUAAGGUCACGCUCCUCCCCUCCACCUCACUUGCCAAUAGGAGCCGGGUCCGCUGUGCACAUGCGCAGGAUCCUAACGUAGCCUCCAUCACGGCUGUUGGUCUCUUUUGUUGGCUACAAGAAGACACCCAGUACAACAAUGCCAUCCCCACUGGGCCCCCCACGCCUGCCCUCUGUGGACCCUGUGGCCACUCUGGAGGAGCCCGAGGCAGCACGCCUGCGUUUCCGGGGAUUCUGCUACCAGGAGGUGGCAGGUCCCCGUGAGGCCCUGGCGCGGCUGCGAGAACUGUGCCGCCAGUGGCUGCGGCCGGAGGCAUGCUCCAAGGAGCAGAUGCUGGAGCUGCUGGUGCUGGAGCAGUUCCUGGGCACGCUGCCCCCUGAGAUCCAGGCCUGGGUGCGGGGCCAGCGGCCAGGCAGCCCUGAGGAGGCUGUAGCCCUGGUCGAGGGCCUACAGCAUAACCCUGGGCAGCUGCUGGGCUGGAUCACAGCCCAUGUCCUGAAGCAAGUGGUGCUCCCAGCGGCACAGAAGAUAGAGGAGUCCUUGGGGAGACCCCAGCCUUCAGGGACAGUGGAACUUCUCAGGGCAACCUCUGGGGAGGAGCCACAGGACACCCAGAUGGAGGGGUCUCCCCAGCUCAGCUGCAGUGUGAAGGAGGAGCCUGAUGCUGAUGGGCAGGAGAUGGCACCUUCCAGCCCCCUACAUCCAUCCCAGUCCCGCGAGGGGUACCCAGGACACCGGGAACCAGCCGCCACCUCCUUCCACCUACCCAGGAUUCAGGAGGAGUGGGGGCUACUGGACCGGUCACAGAAGGAACUGUACUGGGACGCGAUGCUGGAGAAGUAUGGCACGGUGGUCUCCCUGGCAGGGUUACCGGCCCCCUUGCCAGAGGCACGGGUUGAGUCGGAGCCAGGGGUACUGCGCUCGGGGACAGAGGGUCAAAGAAGCCUCCACCCGGGUGAGUGCUUCUCCAUGCGAUCUGAACCGCCUGUUGCCUGGUGGAGUGGGAGCUUGUCUGCCCCCACACACCUGGUGGGAGGGAUGGGAAUGUCAAGGACGCUGGGCUACCUGGGACUGCCAACUCUCCUUCCCCAGGAGAUGAGAGUGAGAGUCACUGUGAGGGUCCACCCCGCUGCCCAGAGGCCCAGCCACCCCAGGGCCCCAGGCCUGUCACCUGGGAGGGCCCAUCUGGGGCCUCCGUCUCCACCAGGGCUACACCGGGAGCAGGGCUGGAGACCGGCGCCCCGCGGAGGAAGCCUUACACCUGUGAGUUGUGCGGCCGAGGCUUUGAUUGGAAAUCGGUGUUUGUCAUCCACCACCGGACGCAUGCGGAUGGGCAGGCCACGCGGGCCCCGGUGCUGGCUGUUGGGGGUGCUCAGAAGCUGCCACCAGGUUCCCGGGAGCUGGGCACACCACGCCACCCCCGGCGUGCACUCCCAGGCCCCCGGAGCUAUGCGUGUGAGGAAUGUGGGCGCAGCUUCAGCUGGAAGUCUCAAUUGGUCAUCCACCGCAAGAGCCACGCAGGCCAGCGGCGCCACUUCUGUGGCGACUGUGGCCGCAGCUUCGACUGGAAGUCCCAGCUGGUCAUCCACAGGAAGAGCCACCGGCCGGAGGCCCCAUGAGUGGCUCCAGAAGGCAGCCUCGUCUUGGGAGCCUUGCAGCCUCCAGGUCCUGGACACAGUUCCUGGCAAUCUGGUUCCAGCCUUCCUUGGGCUGCUUGGUCUCUGUGUGAGAUAUGUGGAGGCAACAGAGGACAUUCGUGAAUCAGAGUUCCCAGGAGAGUCCCCUGACCCCAGUUCAGUCUCCCCAAAACAGCCACCUGGGUGUAAGUAAAAGAAGCCACUGCUCCCUCAAUAGCCUAGUGAGGCCUGGGCUGCAAUAAACUGCCUAAGCUGAGUGACUUCCAAGCUCCAAGGUCCCCAGCUGUGACCUGAUGCAGAUGGACAGGUUAAGGACUCUCCUUACCCCUGGGACCUUGUUGGCCCCAGGUGGCUGAUCAAAAACUGCCCUUUCUACCCCUUCUGAAGCUGCUGGGCCUGAUGUCUUGGCGUAGACAGUCCAGAAAGCUCAGGAAAGCAUGCCUUGCUUUGUUUGCAGACAGAUGGAAAACUCAUGGCCCUCUACAUUUUAGAUUUGUAACAAGUUGCAUUUUUUUUUUUUAAUUUUUUUUUCAACGUUUAUUUAUUUUUGGGACAGAGAGAGACAGAGCAUGAACGGGGGAGAGGCAGAGAGAGAGAGGGAGACACAGAAUGGGAAACAGGCUCCA